AUUCCUCUUUCUGCAAAUCGCCGCUCAAUAGGGAGGGACCGGGCGCCGCGCUCAGCAGCUCAUGACGUCAGCAGCAAUCAGCGGUCGCUGGGCAGUAACUGUAGUUUCGAAAGGAACAAGCUACGAUGGUCGUCAUCAAGGAGUACCGUGUGGUUUUACCCUGUAGUGUUGAGGAGUAUCAAGUUGGACAGCUGUUCUCAGUGGCUGAAGCAAGUAAAAAUGAGACUGGUGGUGGUGAGGGCAUUGAGGUACUCAAGAAUGAGCCCUAUGAAAAAGAUGGUGAGAAAGGACAGUAUACACACAAAAUCUACCACCUAAAGAGUAAAGUCCCAGGAUUUGUCAAGCUGUUAGCCCCUGAGGGCUCCUUGGUAUUCCAUGAAAAAGCCUGGAAUGCCUACCCCUACUGCAAAACUAUUGUGACGAAUGAGUAUAUGAAAGACAAUUUCUUCAUUAAGAUUGAGACUUGGCACAAACCAGACCUUGGAACACAAGAAAAUGUGCACCAACUAGACAGUUCCACGUGGCAGGAUGUAACUGUUGUGCCCAUUGACAUCGCAGACAGAAGUCAAGUGUCUACUGCUGACUACAAGCCAGAUGAGGAUCCUGCCAAGUUCAAGUCAGUUAAGACCGGCAGAGGACCCCUUGGGCCCACCUGGAAGAAAGAGCUGGUUAAUAAGACUGACUGCCCAAGGAUGUGUGCCUACAAACUGGUCACAGUCAAGUUCAAGUGGUGGGGCCUGCAGACCAAAGUGGAGAACUUCAUCCAUGAGCAAGAGAAGAGGAUCUUCACUAACUUCCACCGCCAGCUCUUCUGUUGGAUUGAUAAGUGGGUGGAGCUGACUAUGGAUGAUAUCCGGCAGAUGGAGGCAGAGACACAGAGGGAGCUGGACGAGCUUCGCAAACAGGGUGAAAUACGAGGAACCAGUGCUGCAGACGAAUGAAAAGGCAAAGGACUUUAAACACCCACAAUGACGGCAGCGAUGGAGACUGCUAAGAGGGCUCCUUUGGUGCCACUUUUUACCUGAACUGAUUCAGGCUGUGGAGGAGGGGGCUCUGCUACCUACAAUCAAUAGAGCAGAUCCAUGACUUGCACCCAAUCAUAGACAUUCUAUACACUGAGGAUUUGAUUUCUAGAAACCGACACGAUCCUAGCUGAUAAGACUCUGGUUAAUUUUGAUCUCCUUGGCAGAGGAAGGUCAGCUAUCAGCAUCAUGUUAUUGACAAGACUUAGCCUUCUGGAGAGAGAUGAAGAGGAGCUACUUGCAGUAGAGAUACAUUUUUACAAAAGCAAAUUCAUUGGCUUGAUUCCUCAGUGGCAGGUGUUGGACCAAAUGUUUCCUCUGUAUUAGUUUGAUUUUCCUUUGUUGUUAAAGUUGUCUCCAAAACAUUCCUUUCAAGAUGAUGCCCUGUCUGACCCCUUUUCGUCUCCUCCUUGGUUUUAACUGUACACACUGGCUCAGUGGUUUGCAUUCCCCGGCAUGAGUCUGUCUGUUUGUCAUACUCAUGUUCCUUCCUGCCACAGCCUCCAUUAAGAGAUUACUAACACCCUUGGCGCCUUGGCCCAUUGUAAUCUUUCCCCCAUCACCCCACCUCACCCAAAGCACUGCAUCUUAUUAACACUCACUGACAAUCAUGCCCGUACAGGUAUUCAUUCUCACUCUCAUACGGAUUUAAUAAAAACCCACACACACCUGCAUUUCACACAUAUACAUCGCGCACAUGAGGAUAAACAUGUGAAUUCAUUCUCAAACAUAAACACACUCACAGGUGUGGAUGCCUUUGCGGUGACUGAUUUCUUAAAAGCUCAAGUUGGGCAGAUCCAUGCACGCUUGUUCAGCUAAAGGAUGUUACUUUUGAAGCGUUUACAGUUCUCACUCCCUAUGCCCCCUCACACACUCCCUAUUCUGAAGAUGUUCACACAUGACAUACAACACAGCAUUCACCUCCCUAACAGAUGUCCCCAGAGAAAAACUGCACUGAAAAACAGCCACAGAUGGUGCUACACCCCUCCAGCCUCUGUCACAAGCCAAACUGCACUGCACUGCUCGCCCCACCUCACCCAGCCCACCCCUGAGGCCUGUCUCACUCAUCUGGUUCUCCGAGGUAGACCCUUUCCAAAAGGCCUCUUCUUCUGCUUCAUUUUAGGUGUGUUUACAGCUCCAUAACACCAGUGCCCAGUGGACACCAGCACCACACACUAUUUGCCUUAAUCUCCCGACCAUUAUACCUAUUGUACCUCUGCUGCCAGCUAUUGCUCUAGCUACCUCCUUUGUUUCUGACUGGCAAUUUUCCUAAUGCCUAAAGCUAAGCACUAGCUAUUAGCUGCUACUUGUUAGGAGUAAAUCAUGGCAGACAGAGCUUUAUGAGCAAAGUUGUUUGUGAUGACUCUUUAUUUUCUUCAGGGAAUUGUCUGUGAUUCUCUUUGUUUCCUGAUAUGUGUCACAGCACCUGAGCAAGUGCAAUUCCUUCAGCAAGCAAAAAUGUGUAAGUUGCAGCCAGAACAGCCUGUACACUGUUGUUGCUGCAAACGGCUGCAGAUUUACAUCUUUUCCUCAGAUCAGCUGUUUGAUGGAUAUGCCAUAUUAAUGACUCUUGACUUUUCAGCUCCAUAGUGCACUUUCUCCCAUUAGGUUUCAGAAUCAUGUGGCACUGUCCUGCAGUGUUGAUCAUCACUAGUGUUACAUACAUAUAUAGUACAAGUGGUUUCCUCAUUUGAUCCUUCUGUGAGUUUGUGUUUUCUGUGGUGUGUCAGUCUUAAAUUGUGCAACAGGAUUUGGAGGUUUGUUUUUAGAGAUUUUUCUAAAAACACAACUAAAGACACAACUGUAAUGAAAUACUAUGGGUUCAAAGAUCCUAAUGUUUUUAUUUUCUGUAUGAGGGAAUGUGAUCACUUCCUCAAUGGGUUAUUGGCUUGUCCAAAGAGUCUGAAUGGAUUUCUGAUAUGUUUACAUGAAUUCAGCAAUGGUAGGCUGGUAAUAUAGGAAAAUUGGGAAGCAAUUGUCUGAGGCAUAAUUUUUCAUAACAACAAAAUCUUCUCAGGUGAACAAUACAACACGAGGAUCUUUUUGAGAUUGUUGCCCAUCACUUGCCCUAAACAACUGACUUCCUUUCAUGAUACCAUAUCCUUUUCUGUGGGACAUUUGUUGUUGUAAUAUACUGUAGCCUUUUCUGUUCUAUCACAGUAUAUGAGACAGCCAGUUGGUCUUUGUUACUGUACUGGAAUUGUAUGCAUGUCUCUGAGUGAAAAAGUGUGAAACAAUUGGUCUUCAGUAUAAUCAAUGUUUCCAAGUCUAUUUUAAUGAUUCCUGCUGUCUGUUUGAUAGAGAACCAUGUGACUAAAGAGAACAACCUAAAUCAAUGGUUUACCAUCUGUCAAGACAGUGAUAUGGGGGAGAGGAAGUAUUCACAAAGCAACUGUACAGUCUUAUCCUAAUUUAUGAAAUCUACAACUGUUUAAAUUCUGAACUGCUACUUGCUUUUAAAUGUUUUUGAUCAGCUUUUGAAAUUCAGGGGACAUGGUAGUGAAUGUAUGACAUUUUGUGCCUUUUCAUUCUGUAGAUCUUUUUGUGUGUCAUUAAGUCUACAUAUUGUAUCUAAAUAUCAAAUAAAUUUUGUCUGGAAAAUAAA